GUCGCCGCAGUACCUACGAGUCGGGCGUAGUGAGUGUGCGUCGCGUGGAUUAAACUUUAAUCGAGGACGCGUUUACCCAGUGCAAUCUGUGGCGUUUCGUUUGUGCAGUGUGGACAAACACGUAUUCGUGCUCGCCUCUCUACAUUCGCGCGUGCGGGACGCGUAAUACGAUGAACGGUCAUCAAGUGAGAGUGAAAACGCGGCCACGCUUGACCGGCUCGCCGACAGCGUGAAUCAUCGGCAACGCCGGCUGCGAACCUCAGGAGCCCACACAGUGCGACGCACGUUAUAAUCCCCUUUCUCUCUCUCUCUCUCUCUCUUUCUCUCUCGCUUUUCGCGCGCGCGCGCGCGAGCGCGUGUUCCCUCCGACGCGUUCUCCUGUUCUAUCUCUUUUCCUGCGAGAACAAUCCUCCUCGUAUAUAUUCCGUGCCUACCACCUACGCAGGCGAGCGUUAACAGAGUGCUGGUUAAGGGACGGUUAAUAAAUCCUCUUUCGAGAUUAGUCCCUGCGGUUGAUUGCCGGAGAAACGAGAAAGAAAGAGAAGCCGCGGAGUAGUAGCCCGUUAGCGGAGUGACAAAAUGUCAACGACGGAGAACCAGAACGGCACCGCGGGCGGCGCGCAGAGCAACGGCAUCAAGACGCCCUCGUCGUCGACGUCAUCGACGGCGUCGUCCACGGCGUCGUCGGGCAUCUCGCCGUCCGGAGGCCGCGCUCUGCCGAACAACAGCAACUCGUCCUUCCUCUACAGCAGCAGCACAAUGCUGAGCCGCGACAAGGCGCGGCAAGUGCCACCGCCGACCCUACCCAAGUAUACUUCGAGCUUUAACGCCGGCUCGAACGGCGGCAGCGUCGGCACGGCGGCCGAGCGGCUCAGCAGGGACCGCGAGGUUGGCGGCAGCUAUAGACUCGCCAGCUUGGACAGGCUCGCCCUGCGACAGAGGAUACUGGACGGAGAGAAGGCGAACGGCGAGCCCAUCUCGAUUCAGACGAAGCGCGAGCUGUUCUUCAAGGGCGACGGCGCGGGAAUAAUCUCGUCGCCGUCUGUGCCGUCGGUGCCGCCGCCGCAGCCGCCGACGCAGGCCCCCGGUUCUCAGGUGAACAACUCGUCGUCGUCAUCGGCGACGAACGCCACGACGGUUGGCAGUUUAACGUCGCCGAACGCAGCGCCGGUAUACUCGAGCGGCAUCGUCACGGCAAAACCGCGACUGCCGUCCACAAUCUCCACAGCGAUCCCGAAUGAUCCCUCGGAGGACAGCAACAGGCGCGAGUGCGCCCGGACCGCUAUAUCCAGCGCCAAGGAGGAUAGCAACAAGGAGGCCGGUCUGCAUCAUGCGCGACCCACGCCGUCCACCAAACCCAAGGAACUCGACGGUUACGUCGGCUUCGCGAACCUUCCCAACCAAGUGUAUAGGAAAGCCGUAAAGAAAGGCUUCGAAUUUACUCUAAUGGUCGUAGGGGAAUCAGGACUUGGUAAAUCGACUUUGAUCAACUCCAUGUUCCUGGCAGACAUAUAUAGCGCCGAAUAUCCCGGACCCAGCCUCAGGAUAAAGAAGACGGUCGCCGUGGAAACCAGCAAAGUGCUAUUGAAGGAGAACGGAGUCAAUCUUACUCUCACGGUUGUCGAUACCCCCGGUUUCGGUGACGCUGUCGACAACAGUAAUUGUUGGGUGCCAGUAAUCGAUUACAUCGAAUCGAAGUAUGAGGAAUUUCUCAAUGCGGAAUCCCGCGUAACGAGACGACAGAUCCCGGAUAGUCGGGUGCACUGUUGUCUUUACUUCGUCGCACCCUCCGGCCAUGGAUUGAAGCCGCUUGAUGUGGAGUUUAUGCAGCGCCUUCAUGACAAAGUCAACAUCAUACCGGUUAUCGCCAAAGCGGAUACUAUGACGCCGGAUGAAUGCGCGCACUUCAAAAAACAGAUUUUGAAUGAGAUUGCGCAACACAAGAUAAAAAUCUAUGAGUUUCCGGAGGUCGAAGAGGAGGAGGACAACAAAUUUCACAAGUUAUUAAGGGACAGAGUGCCGUUCGCUGUCGUGGGAGCAAAUGCCGUCGUCGAACAUGACGGCAAGAAAGUGCGGGGCAGAAAAUAUCCGUGGGGAAUUGCGGAAGUCGAAAAUCUGGAACACUGCGAUUUCAUAGCGCUCCGAAAUAUGGUGGUAAGGACGCACGUGCAGGAUCUGAAAGAUGUGACGAACAACGUGCAUUAUGAGAACUUUCGGUGUCGUACCUUGGCCGGUCUAGGUGCGGACGGCAAGCCGACAAAAGCCUCCAAUAAGAAUCCAUUGGCGCAGCUGGAAGAGGAGAAACGUGAACACGAUAACAAGAUGAAGAAGAUGGAGACUGAGAUGGAGCAAGUGUUUGAGAUGAAAGUGCGCGAAAAGAAACAAAAACUAAAGGAUUCCGAAGCGGAUUUACAGAGAAGGCACGAGCAAAUGCGACGUUCAUUGGAGCAGCAAGUGCGAGAACUGGAGGAGAAGAGACGAGCGUUUGAGGCGGAGAAGACCGCCUGGGAGCAGCAGACCGGUCACAGCAUUGAAGAGUUGCGUAGGCGCAGUUUAGAAGCGAAUUCAAAAGAGACUGUCGAUGGUAAAGAUAAGAAGAGCAAGAAGAAGGGCCUCUUCUAAUCGAUCUAUAAAAGAGAAAGGGAGUGAGCAGGAACGACCCGACAUGAUUGUCGUACUUCCGGCAUGGCUAUAACUGAUGACGAGUUAGGUAGAUUCGAUCAGCGAUAAACUCGAUUAGCGCGUGAUAUGUAAAGGUCGGCGAUUUCGUCACGUGUUUGCAACGGAUGCUAAAAUCGAAGAGAAGAAGCUGCCGGCUGGAUUGUAAAGCAGAAUUUGCAAAGAAUUCAUGCUUGGUUAUUCUACAUAUGACUAGAUCUGCGGAUUUAAAAACCAGAGCUUUACUGAGAAGACAAGGAAUGGUUCUCUGUGGAAUCAAGGAAGUAUGAAACUAAAAGUCUUCAGAACCAUGAAACUGUGAAACAAGCGUCUUUCGGUACCGAGAGAUAUCGAAACAGAAAUCUACAUAAGAAAAAUUGCAAUAAUUCAAGAAGGAUGUCUGGAAUAAAUUUCUAGAUUCAUAGAUUCAUUAAUCUAUGGAACUCGAAGAUUCGCGAUGCCUAGUUUCAUACAAAAAUUCGCCGAUUCAAGAGUCCUGAUUACAAAUUUGACUGAUUUGGUCGAUCAGCUGCGCGCGCCGAUAUUAAUAUUCAGAGGAGAUAUCCUGGUCGACGGAGAUCGUGCUGAAGUGUGUUUAGAUUUACGCGGAUGUUCUACAUCGACGAGAAAUCCGUUUCGUUUACGCAUUAUGUGCUUCGUGCAAAUCUAUGGACAGAAAGAGAGAGAUGGAAAGAACGUUCUCCACGACGAAAGGUGUAUCUACCUAUGCUUUUUUCGCGCUUCCUACUAGCAUUUGAAAGGAAAUGAGAGAGAAUGUAUGUAUGUAUGUGUAUAUGUGUGUAUGUUUGAAGGGAAGAGAACAAAAGGAAUGCAUCGUUGUCCUUUCCGCUCAUUGGCGUUCAUCCGCGACCAUCAUUUGCUUACGACAACAACUGUACAAACGAAAAAGAAUCCGUAGACGUAAUUUUUUGGAGAACGUAACUUUCGUACUUUCCUCGGCAUAAGUGACUACUGUUACACAUCAAUCUUAAUUGGGUUUAAUAAACGUUUAACUAACGUCUGUAGUUGUAAAACUGAUCAAUCACAGCUAUUUCUCUGAAGAAUGGAAUUACUGUGAUUCAGCUUUAAUACUACAGAUGUUAUUAAACCCGAUUAGGGGUAAAUGUAGUCAAUGUUAGCUCCGUUUAAAUCUAUGUAUCUUUCUGCGUAACACGAGAGCAUCAUGUUUGCCGUCCUCCGCCGAUCGCAAUUACAUUGUGCGUCACCGUGCGACUGGAUAGAGUUCAUGGAACUCAUCAUAUCAAUAUCUUGGAAUGAGAGCAAUCAACCGUUCCUAAAAUAGAGAUGAGAACAUACACACGGAUUUAUUCUUUCAAAUAAUGAAAUUCAAUUGCUUUGAUCUUUAAAUUAAUUAAUUACUAAUCUCAAUUAUGAUUAUAUGAUUAAAAUUUACGAUUUCGGAUUAUUCGUCUAUCCGAUAAUUUAUUGAAAUAAUCAUGGCAGAAUUAUAAUUUAAUUUGCAACAUCAAAGACUAAUCGAGAUUUUAUUGUGUCUUUAUUCUAUCAUUUUUCUUUCUUUUUAAGAAAUUAAAGUAUCAACAGUUUUCAAGUACCAAACAAAAAUCAUGAAAUUUCCACGAAUUUAAUAACAAAUAACAUAACAGAUAAUAUCCUUGAAUUAAUUUUAAAUAGUUUUUAAUACAAUUUUAAAAGGUAGAAAUGUAUUGAAACUCGAGUGAUUCAAAAGUUGUGAAAAAUUAUGUCGUUUGCUUUAAAUAUUGACCAAGCAAAGAUUUACAGUAUAAAACAAUAUUGAAUAGAGAUUAAAAACAUUGACUUCCCCAAAAAAUUUUUGACAUUUUGAGAUAAAAAUAUUCUACUUUUUACAAUAUUAUAUAAAUUAUAAUAUUAUAUAAAUAUUAUAUAAAUUUUAUAAUAUUAUAUAAAUAUAAUAUUAUAUAAAAUUAUACAAUUUUAGUCGCGUUAAUUUUCGAUUUUUCCGUUCUUGGCUCGUUCAACUUUCCAUUUUGGGCAGCGCGGCAAUAAAAUACGAGAAAGGAAGAGUGUGAUAUUCGCGCGACUAGCACUUAUAUCGCAGAGGCAGGCUGAACAUGAUAUCGCACAAAGCAGCGGCCAUAUAUUAUAUACAUAUAAAUAUAUAUAUUUAUGUAUAAAUCUCAAGCGAGAGAAGGCGUAAGCAUAAGUCUAAUCUAUGUAUAUGUACGCGUAAAAUGCCAUGGCAAAGACGCGAUGCAUCGAUUAUACAUGAUAAGAACGAAUCAUUGUAUAAAUAUAGUAAAUCUAGGUGUGUUAUGGAUACCGCGAUUCGAGACAGUGCGCUUUCUCCUUUUCUCUGUGUUAAGAUCAAGAUCACUCUGUCUUUUAUCACUUUUUUAAAGAGAUCGCUAUGGCGUAGUAUUAAUUUGGGAUUCCUCAUUACGAACUGAGUCAUUUUCGGAACGGUAUGAUUGUACAUGAAAAACAUUGCUUUCGUCUUUGUUGGAAAAUUAUUAUAAUUGUAGCAAAAUUCUAUAUUUUUUUUUUUAAGAAUUUUUGUAUAAUAAUUUUUUCGUGGCAAAAAAAGUAUAAUUAUCAGAUUUACAAUAUUAGAAAUAAAAGAUUAAACAAAUUAAUUAUAACUACGAUUUUUUUUAGACCUCUCUUACUCCGAUAAAAUGAUAUCCGAAAAAUGAAGAUCAUAAGAUCAUAGUCUGACGUUAUUGACGUUGAUUUAUAAGAUUGACAUUCAUAAUCAAAUCGGAGGCGCGCGCUGUCUGGAAUCCGUCUACGUCGAUAUGUUUAGGAGCUAAAUAAAAAAAUAAACUAAGUUACUUUUGUGCCAAGAUGAGCGAGAGCGAUGAAUAAGAGCAAUUUUCUAACACUAUAGCGAGCGGUCUUUUCAGUUUCACCGCAAAAUGAAGCACACGAGAUGUUCUUCAUAGGAAGAUUCCUCUUAGACGCGUUUGAAGGAUUUAAGGGAUCACGUGCUCGCAUUUAACAGAUAUUUCAAACGCGAUCGUUUUCGAUUUCUCGAAUAGCCAGAUGUUAGGGCUGGCGAGUUUGCUUAUUUGAUGUCACGUAAUUUAUUCCAUUAUUCGAUCUCAUGGAAAAAAGAUUAUUUCUUUUUAAUUAUAUUCUUUCUAGAGAUUUCUGUCUCUUUAGAACGUAUUUAUCUCGCGUUAAAUACUGAAAGUAGAACAGAAGAAGAAGCGACUAGAAGGAACAGAUGUCGAGGAAACAAUACAGCCAGUAAAAAUUGUCGUUUAUUUUUAUUAAUUUCUAUUCGAUAUCAUUAUUUUAUUUUAUCGUACUACACUUCAUUCGUUUUCUUCUCAUGGUGAUGAAAAACGCGCGUGCCACAUUCCUAUUUUCUACACAUUUUUCUAAAUAGGCUCGCCGACUCGAACGUGCGCCAAGAUAUGGCCAAUUAAUCUCUCGUUGGUAUACGUGUCGAGUGGUCGAAAGUAAGAAAAACGAAGCGAAGCCACGUUUAUAAUACUAAUAGAAAAAAUAUCCGAGCAAAAAACGCGAGAAAGCAGAGAGCCAAGUUGUAGAUACCCAAGAAUCGCGAAAAGCAUUUAUUAAAUAUAAAUUAUUUUAAAAAAUUUGCAAAUUCUGUAUCACAUUAAAUACAUUAAAUUGUAAUUAUCAUGAUUUGAAUUAUCAAUUAUAAUGAUAAUUACUGCAUGAUAUUGAACAUAGAUAUUAAUCAAUUACGGUGAUUAACGCUGUUCUAAUUCAUAAAAUCUUAGUUAAUUUUAUGCAUCAUCGAUCGAUAUAUAUAAAUUGAGAGAGAGACUUUUUUAAACACUUUAUUAAUGAUAUGGAAUUUUGCUUCGCACGUUUUGCUUAACUCAGAGUAGUCGAUUGUACUUAAUUAUCGUGCGAAAUUCCUGAUCAUUCUGUUUUUGCAGCCGAAAACGAUGUCGAACUGGAUGUAAAACUGGAUGUUACUUAAGAUCAUAUCUGAAAGCCAAGUGGCCAAGCAACGUUAUCGUUAUUAAGUAACGAUAAUCAUAUGUAUUUCUUAAUGAACGAUGCUUGUAAUACGGUUACUCAUAGGAAUAUUGUAAAGUGACUACUUUAUACGCGAUAAUCGAUGUGGUUACAUAUUAGUUCCGGGAAUGAAAGACGAAGAAAGAGAAAAAGAGAGAGAGAAUGAAAAAGAGAGAGACUGGCGAGGGAAUAGAUAAACAAAACAAAUUAUAUAUAUUUUGCCGUGCCAGAUGAAAACGAAAGCUGCCGCCGCUAAUUGUAGAUGUAAUAACGACUCACUAUUGUAUCGCGACAAACACUUUAGAGAGAGUAUGUAUCCAGUAAAUUAUAUAUAAAACCAUAACAAAAAA